UGCCAGAAAUAUUAUCCCCACUAAAAUAUGUUGUCUCAGUCCCACAAAAGAAGAUAAAGAUAGAAAGAAAGAGAAUGUGGGUGCACUUAUAAGAUUGUGAUUUGUGAUCACUCAGAAAGCUCCAUAAUUUUUUUUCUUAAAAAAAAAAAGCUACCAAAAUUUAGGUCUUGCUUUUCUCUCACCCCAAAAUCUUUGCCUUUUGAGGUUUUUAUUUUCUUUCAUCUCAAUUCCAAUUAUAAAAACAAAAAAGUUGGUUCUGCAGUUUCAUGAGCUGGUAACAUCUUCAACUGUAGUUCUUAAUUGUUUUGUUUAGUUUUCAUAAAGAUUGAAACUUUUUUUUUUUGACUUAAAUAGUUAAGACAGUUUUCUAGUGUGAACGUUUUGGUUGACAAUAUUUGUUAGCCGUUCAUGAUCUGAAUCUAUUCUAUUCCAUUCCCUUUUUGAUUUAUUCAUUGUCUCAAAGCUUAUCUUCUUCAAAGUUUUUAUCUUUUCAACAAAGACUUUCCUCAUUUCCCUUUUUCUAUUAUUGGUUUCCUCAACUUAAUUCUUCACAUUUUUCUAUUCUUCUCAAGAUUUCGUAUCUGGGUUUUGCAAUUAGUAGCAGCUCAACCCUGUUCUUGUUUCAAAUUCCAAAAUUUAAAGGGGUUUGGUAGCUAAACAAAGCCUUUUUCUUUAAUGGGUUUUUUCUUAACCUUUGAUAGUGUUGAAUUUCUGGAAGUGUAGAGAAAAAGAAAGAAAGAAAAAAAAAUGGUCUCUAGAUCAUAUUCCAAUCUCUUAGAACUUGCUUCAGGUGAGCCACCAUCAUUUGGGAGAAUGAGUGGGAGAAUUCCUCGUAUUAUGAGAGUUUCUGGUUUGAUAUCUGAGGUUGGUAGUGACUCUUCUGAGAGUGUUCACUUAGAUUCAUCAUCUUCUGUCCAAAAAGAUAGGUUCAUAAUAGUAGCUAACCAGCUUCCCAUAAGGGCUCAGAGAAAAUCUGAUAGUAGUAAAGGUUGGCUUUUUAGUUGGGAUGAAACUUCACUUCUUCUCCAAUUGAAAGAUGGGUUAGGAGAUGAUGAGAUUGAAGUUAUCUAUGUGGGUUGUCUCAAGGAAGAAAUUCAACCAAAUGAACAAGAUGAAGUGUCCCAGAUUCUGUUAGAGAGUUUUAGAUGUGUUCCCACUUUUCUCCCACCUGAUCUUUUCAGUAAGUACUAUCAUGGUUUUUGUAAGCAACAACUAUGGCCUUUGUUUCAUUACAUGUUGCCUUUGUCACCAGACCUUGGAGGAAGGUUUAACAGGUCAUUAUGGCAGGCUUAUGUGUCUGUCAAUAAGAUUUUUGCUGAUAGAAUUAUGGAAGUGAUCAAUCCAGAAGAUGAUUUCGUUUGGGUUCAUGAUUAUCAUCUUAUGGUGUUGCCAACUUUCUUGAGGAAGAGGUUUAACCGUGUUAAACUCGGGUUUUUCCUCCAUAGCCCUUUUCCUUCCUCUGAAAUUUACAAGACAUUGCCUAUUAGAGAAGAGAUUUUGCGUGCCCUUUUGAAUGCUGACUUGAUUGGUUUCCAUACAUUUGAUUAUGCCCGCCAUUUCCUUUCCUGUUGCAGUAGAAUGCUCGGUCUUUCCUACGAAUCUAAGCGCGGUUACAUAGGCGUUGAGUACUAUGGUAGGACUGUUGGCAUUAAGAUUCUUCCUGUUGGAAUACACAUGGGACAGCUUGAACAUGUCCUGAGUCUCAAGGAAACCGAAACUAAAGUUGCUGAGCUUAUGAAACAGUACACUGAUCAGGGUAGAAUCAUGUUGCUUGGAGUUGAUGACAUGGAUAUAUUCAAAGGUAUAAGUUUGAAGCUUUUGGCAAUGGAGCAACUUCUUCAGCAGAACCCUGAAUUGCAGGGGAAAGUUGUGUUGGUGCAGAUAGCGAAUCCAGCUCGAGGGCGCGGAAAAGAUGUGAAGGAAGUUCAGGCUGAGACAUACUCAACCGUGAAGAGAAUUAAUGAGACAUUUGGUAAGCCUGGUUAUGAGCCUGUUGUUUUCAUUAGUGAGCCACUUAAGUUUUAUGAGAGAAUGGCAUAUUAUGUAGUUGCUGAGUGUUGUUUAGUAACUGCUGUUAGAGAUGGAAUGAAUCUCAUCCCUUAUGAGUAUGUAAUUAGUCGCCAAGGUAAUGAGAAAUUGGAUAAAGUUUUGGGGUUGAAAUCUUCAACCCCCAAAAAUAGUAUGUUAGUUGUGUCUGAAUUCAUUGGUUGCUCCCCUUCAUUGAGUGGAGCAAUUCGUGUGAAUCCAUGGAAUGUUGAUGCUGUGUCGGAUGCUAUGAACUCUGCUUUGGAGAUGGCUGUGCCCGAAAAACAGCUUCGCCAUGAGAAACAUUACAAGUAUGUUAGUACUCAUGAUGUCGGAUACUGGGCUCGCAGUUUCUUGAUGGAUUUGGAGAGGACUUGUAGGGAUCAUGUGCGAACGAGGUGUUGGGGAAUAGGCUUUGGACUUGGUUUUAGAGUUGUGGCGCUCGGUCCAAGCUUUAAAAAGUUGUUGAUGGAGAACAUAGUUUCGGCUUAUAGAAGGACAACAAGAAGGGCAAUUCUUUUGGAUUAUGAUGGUACCUUAAUCCCACAGUGCUCAAUCGAUAAGAGCCCGAGUUCUAAGUGCAUUAGUAUCUUAACUAGCUUGUGUAGAGACAAGAACAACAUGGUUUUCAUUGUUAGCGCGAGAAGCCGAGAGAAACUUGCUGAAUGGUUCUCUCCUUGUGAGAAGCUGGGAAUUGGUGCUGAGCAUGGUUACUUCCUCAGGAUGGAGAGAGACAUAGAAUGGGAAACAUGUCUACCUGUUGCUGAUUGUAGUUGGAAACAGAUUGCUGAACCAGUAAUGAGACUUUACACUGAAGCAACAGAUGGUUCCACCAUUGAAGAUAAGGAAACUACACUUUUGUGGUGUUAUGAGGAUGCAGAUCCCGAUUUCGGUUCGUGUCAAGCUAAGGAACUUCUUGAUCAUCUUGAAAGUGUUCUUGCCAAUGAACCAGUUACUGUCAAAAGUGGCCAGAACAUUGUGGAGGUUAAACCGCAGGGUUUAAGCAAAGGACUGGUGGCCACACGACUACUUUCGACUAUGCAAGAUAAGGGAGUAGCCCCAGAUUUCGUUCUAUGCAUAGGCGAUGAUCGAUCAGAUGAAGACAUGUUCGAGGUUAUCUCAAGUGCCACAUCAGGCCCUUCAAUUGCCGCAGGGGCUGAAGUGUUUGCCUGCACAGUUGGUAAGAAACCGAGCAAGGCCAAGUACUAUCUUGACGACACAGUUGAAAUUGUGAGGUUAAUGCAGGGUCUAGCAGCUGUUUCGGAUCAGCUAGUAACAUCAGCAACACAAUAGACUCGAUCGAUCCAUCGAUUUUCUUACAUUUUCAGCUAGCGAAAACACGAAUAGAGAUCCUGUUUUAUACUACUACAUUUUCACCUUUUUCAGCUCAUGUUGUUGGCCUUUCAAUUUGAUUUCAUGUCAUACCAUAUUCCUCAAGUCUCCAUUCUUUCACAAUGUAAAUAUGUGUUUUUAUUUUUUUUCUUUUACUAAGAGAAUUUGUGAGACCCAGGAACUUAUUUUUCAUCUUUUGUAUUUUGUUGUCUUUUGAUAAUGUAAAGAUGUAAAUAUGUUUGCCCAUGAAAAGUGAGUAUGUUAUCAAUUUAGCUUA